ACUGUAUCUGUAGCAGACGAAGCAGAUCUAUGCUAUUUGUAUUCAAAGACCACCCCCUUUUAGGAUAGUUUUUUUUUUUUCUUUUUGCAUUUGCUGCUGCUGGGCUGGCUCUCUUCUUCUUCUGGUUUAGGGUUUAUUAUUGGUGGAUUGAUUGAAUUAUUAGAAGGAGAGAGAGAGAGAGGAGAAGGGUAAAAUCAGCAUCAUCGUGAUCACCAGAAGAGAUGGAUUUGGAUAAAUGGAUAGCGAAGGUGAAAGAAGGACAGCACCUGUUGGAAGACGAUCUUCAGCUUCUCUGCGAAUACGUAAAAGAGAUCCUCAUCGAGGAGUCCAAUGUGCAGCCUGUUAACAGCCCUGUCACUGUCUGCGGUGAUAUUCAUGGCCAGUUUCAUGAUCUUAUGAAACUUUUUCAGACCGGGGGUCAUGUACCUGAGACUAAUUACAUUUUUAUGGGCGAUUUUGUUGAUCGAGGUUAUAAUAGUCUUGAAGUGUUCACUAUUCUUUUGCUUCUCAAAGCAAGAUACCCAGCUAAUAUUACACUUUUGCGUGGAAAUCAUGAAAGCAGGCAACUAACUCAGGUAUACGGUUUCUAUGAUGAGUGCCAGAGGAAGUAUGGAAAUGCCAAUGCCUGGCGGUAUUGUACCGAUGUUUUUGAUUAUCUGACACUCUCAGCGAUUAUAGAUGGCACUGUGCUUUGCGUCCAUGGUGGUCUUUCUCCUGACAUCCGAACUAUCGAUCAGAUAAGAGUAAUUGAACGGAAUUGUGAAAUUCCACAUGAAGGACCAUUCUGUGAUCUCAUGUGGAGUGAUCCUGAAGAUAUUGAGACAUGGGCAGUUAGUCCCCGAGGAGCAGGUUGGCUUUUUGGGUCCAGGGUCACUUCUGAGUUCAACUACAUUAACAAUCUUGAUUUGGUUUGUCGAGCACACCAACUUGUACAAGAAGGUCUCAAGUACAUGUUUCAAGAUAAAGGCUUAGUCACUGUCUGGUCUGCACCAAAUUACUGUUACCGCUGUGGAAAUGUAGCUUCUAUACUGAGCUUCAAUGAGAAUAUGGAGAGGGAAGUGAAGUUUUUUACAGAAACGGAGGAGAACAACCAUAUGAGAGGACCCAGGACAGGCGUUCCAUAUUUCUUGUAAAAUCGGAGGGAAACAUCUGCUGCACUACAAGUAAAGUUGCCGAAGCACUGUUGCUGCUUAUUGCGAAAGACAUUUAACGUGGAGGAGUGGAGAAUACGUCAUUGCGUGCAUGCUUGCAGAUGGACCAUUCAUUGUGCUUGGGGUGGAGCUCUUCCAUCCCAUUCACUCAAGGCUUCAUUUGGGAUCUGUUGCCUGUGUAUUAGAGUUUUCUAAUUUAUACUUGGGUUAUUUGUUAGAUAGCGUGUCUUUAUUCCAAGAUGUUCAUUGUUGAUGCCCGUGGAAUCCCAUUGUGUAUCUGUCUGCCUUUUUACUACAUUAAUUUUUAGUAACUGUUUAUUUUAA